AUUCCAUCUCCGAUUCCCGAUACCCAUUUCCCAGCCCUCCAGUCUCGCGUCUUCCUCUCAUCAACCCCAUUCUUUGUCUUUUUGCCUGUACCCCCUUUCGCCGAUCCCAGAGCCCUUGAUCCUAUUUCUACAUACACUGCGCAAAGCCCAGCCCCUCGCCCAAUCCGCCCUCCACCGACUCGUCGUCUCGAUCCUAAUCAACCCCUCGCACCGCAUCAUCAACAUCAUAAUCACAUCGUCCGAGGCCGAAACUGAACGAUUAGAAGCAAUAGACCGUCAUCAAGCCAGAGCCGAAAAGGAAAACUUGGGACGAAAUGGCGCAAGCUGGAGUGCAAUCGCUGAAGUGUGUCGUGACCGGUGACGGUGCCGUCGGCAAGACCUGUCUUCUCAUCUCGUACACGACCAAUGCUUUCCCCGGAGAGUACAUCCCGACCGUGUUUGACAACUACUCUGCUAGCGUCAUUGUUGAUGGCAAGCCGAUCAGCCUGGGUCUUUGGGACACUGCAGGCCAGGAGGAUUAUGAUAGACUCCGGCCCUUGUCCUACCCCCAGACCGACGUGUUCCUCAUCUGUUUCUCCGUCGUGAGCCCGCCUUCUUACGAUAACGUUGCCGCAAAGUGGCUCCCCGAGAUCACCCACCACUCGUCUGGAACUCCCAUCAUCCUCGUCGGUACCAAGAUCGAUCUUCGCGAUGACCCGGCUACCCGAGCCGCCCUGACCAAGCAACACAUGGAGCCGGUCAAGUACGAGAACGUGCUCAACUACGUCAAGGAGGUCAACAAGACCAACAAAAUCAUCUACAAAUACAUUGAGUGUUCCGCCCUGACUCAGCGCAACCUCAAGAGUGUCUUUGACGAGGCUAUUCGUGCGGUUCUCAACCCCACCCCUCAGGCUUCCAAGGCCAAAAAGUCCAAGUGCUCGAUCCUGUAAAGGAGAUUCUGGCCGUGCCAUCUCGUUUCCCUAUCUGCAGCAUUUUGGGCAGCGAAGGCCUCUGCUAGAUAUUUCCUUCUUCACGGACGACUUACACAAUCUCGAGCCCUCGGCGCCGAACGAUUAUUUUUUUGGGUCACCUUAGAACGGUGUACAUUACAGAAACCCCCUUUUGGGACGCAUUUCGAUGAACUACUAGACCGACCUGGCAUUAAUGGAGAGCGGAGGACAAAGAUGAACGGCGAAAGAGGGUCGGGGCUCUGAAAAAGGAGAUUUUCUUUCUUUUUUUCCUUUAAUGAUUAUGGCUGUCCUGUGUCUUGAGAUUCCCCCCAUUUUCCUGGUACUUGUUGAUAGGGAUGCAGCAAUCCGGAAAAUGACAUUGUUGAGCAGGACGGCAUGGUACCGACGCCAUCUCGAUGGUCCUAGGAAGCUGGAAGACGAA